AUGUCUUCGAUCGCUGCUAUGGCUUCCCGCCGGGCUCUGGCUCGCCAGCCCAUCUUCCGCGCUCCCCCGCGCCGCUUCAUGUCCUCCAAGGUUGAGGAGGCCAGCCUCGACAAGGCCCCCAAGCGGGACCCUGAGCUCUACGUUCUGCUCGGUGUCAUGUCCGGUGCUUUCCUGCUCGCUGGCUGGUACUUCGGCAGCAAGCCCACGUCCGUCAACUCCGAGAGCAACGUUCGCAUUGGCGAGUCCGCCAUGCCCUGGCACGGCGACGCUGCCGAUGGCAAGGUCUACAAGUACCAGUACCACCCCCACGGUGACAAGAACCAGCCCCUCCGCGCUGCCCCCAGCGCCAUGAACACCGUCAUUGUUCCCAACGUCACCCUCCCCGAGGACCUCCACGAGAAGUUCAACAAGUACGGCAAGGAGGAGUGGGACUACUAA